UAUUAAAAAUAUGAAUAUAAUCAAAUUAUUAAUUAAGUUAAACUAAUUUUAAUUGAUUGUAAAGUAACUGCAAAAUAUAAACAACAAAAACAAGUCUUAUUCACCACUACCACCACUUAGCGAGACGCCAUUUUGUCUAUCGGGCCGGCUGAUUUUUAAGCUUAGGAGACAAAAAUAAUUAGUUUCAAAUAGUUAGUGCUACAGUUAUUAAAUUAUAAUUCGCCAUUAUUACGUCAAUAUCGUGUGACUGCAUCCAAAACUGCGAACAGCCCGCCAGCUUUAAAGGCAUCGCGAAGAAAACGAAAAGGUUUUUUUUAGGGCGGAUCGCAAAAAUGUUUAUAGAUUUUUGCAGUUGUGACCGCUGAGAAGGAAUAUGUAAACUAAACGCAAAACGCCGCGAACAGCAGCAGCAGCAGUAGCGAGAACAGCAACAAUACCAAGAACAAUUCUUGGGACCAUAACACCUAAGAAGGCAGCGGCAACGGCCACUUUCAAAGCCUCACCAAGUUGCCGAUACGGCACAACAGCACACCAACAGUGCCUACUCAACACAUACAAUAACAGCGAAAUCGCCCCAAGCCGCCCAGCAAAAAACUGCUGUUCCAAAAUUAAAUCACAAACUCUACGGAGACGCAACAGCAACCCAUUCUGCAUUUGCACUAAAAUUGGUGACAGUGACGUCGCAGGUGGAGCUGCAAAGCGAAAUUAUGACGUUCGAUACACGCAGGCAUGGUGGUAGCCAGACGACGAACAGCAGCAAUACAGGCACCACUAGCACAACGACAUCGCUUGUGUCCAACAGCGGCGGUGGCGGUGGAAGCAAUUUAGGUGGCGACUCUGGGAAUAGCAACGCGAACAAUGUUGGCGGUGUUAGCAGUCAGGAGCAGACCCCGGCUGCCCAAAGCACAGAAACGUCCACGGCGUCCUCGACGUCCUCGACGAUGCCAUCGGUGGAGAGCAAUGUCACAAUAGUUUCGCCGGAAAAAUUGAUAUCCUCAUUUCCAACCGCAAAGUUACGUUCGCUGACACAAAAGAUUUCAAAUCCGCGAUGGGUUGUGCCUGUGCUGCCAGAGCAGGAGCUAGAAGUACUGCUGAAUGCCGCUAUAGAUUUAACUAAGGCCGGUGUCGACCACGACUGCGAACCUUGCGUGGAGUUCUAUCGCAAUGGAUUGACUACAUCCUUUGCAAAAAUACUCACCGACGAGGCUGUGAACUCGUGGAAGUACAACAUACAUCAUUGCAUUCUUGUAUCCUGCGGCAAACUGUUGCAUUUAAUUGCCAUACAUAUGCAGCGCGACAACCCGUAUCUGCUCGAUCUAUUGGCCAUUGUGUUCGAUCCGGAUAAUAAGUUCAAUGCGUUUAACGCAGCACGUCAGCCGGAAUGCUUUGCGCUGCCCGAGUGCAUUUGGGGUGUGCUGGAUAGCAAUAAGAUGUUUGCAAAACCGCCGCCUGAGCCUAAGAAUCCUCGCGGUUGGCUGGUUGAUCUCAUAAAUCGUUUUGGUCAACUUGGAGGCUUUGACAAUCUAUUGGAGCGUUUUAACAGUGGUCUGGAGCUUCUGAAGCGUAAUCAAAACAAGGCGACUGUGGCAGCAAGUGAACUGACGCUAUCGGCAGGUUCGCUCAGUUCUGGCUCUAAGAGCAGUGUUUGCACGAACGAAAGUGUGUCGGGACAAGACAAUCGCCUCACCCUAGCACUAAUACACAGUCUGCUGCGGCCAUUCGGCCAGUGCUAUGAGCUCCUGACACCCGCGACUAUAACUAAGUAUUUUAUGCCUACUUGGAAUGUGAUGCUGGAUUUAUUAGACAGCUUUAGCGAUGAUGAGCUGAAACGUGAGGUAAAGCCUGAGGGACGCAACGAUUAUAUCAAUGGCAUUGUGAAAUCGGCACGUUUCCUGGCCAGCCGUUUGUCGGGUCAGGAGGAGUUGAUUCGAGAUUUGGAAAUGUUUCGCCUUAAGAUGAUUUUGCGCCUGUUACAGGUGUCCAGCUUUAAUGGCAAAAUGAACGCACUGAACGAGAUAAAUAAAGUGCUCUCGUCGGUGGCCUACUACUCCCAUCGAUCCCAGCCAUUGCCGCAUUGCCUGCCCGAUGACGAGAUGGAUUGGCUGACUGCGGAACGAAUGGCUCAGUGGAUAAAAUCAUCGGAUGUGCUUGGCAUUGUGCUAAAGGACUCGCUGCAUCAGCCGCAGUACGUUGAGAAGUUAGAAAAGAUCAUACGCUUUCUGAUCAAAGAGCAGGCACUGACGUUGGACGAUCUUGAUGCCGUUUGGAGGGCUCAGGCCGGCAAGCAUGAGGCUAUUGUUAAGAACGUGCAUGAUUUACUAGCCAAGUUGGCCUGGGACUUUACGCCAGAGCAGUUGGAUCAUCUCUUCGAAGCGUUUCAGGCGAGCAUGACGACAGCCAACAAACGGCAAAGAGAACGCCUGCUCGAACUAAUACGUCGCCUAGCCGAGGACGAUAAAAACGGCGUGAUGGCUCAGAAGGUGCUCAAGCUCUUCUGGACGUUGGCCCACAGCCAGGAAGUACCUCCGGAGGUGCUCGACCAGGCAUUGGGGGCCCAUGUUAAGAUCCUGGACUACAGCUGCUCACAAGAGCGUGAUGCGCAAAAGAUAAUCUGGUUAGACAAAUGUGUGGGCGAGCUGAAAAGCGGGGAUACGUGGGUACUGCCUGCUCUGCGGUUGAUCCGUGAUAUAUGCUGUCUCUAUGACACGACUCCCAGUCAUACACCACGUACACAAACAGGCACCAAUCGGCAGCAGGUCAUUGAGCGACUGCAAAACGACUACUCGCUGGUCAUACUGGUCACAAAUAGCCUCACUUCUUACAUGGAGAAGGUGCGCGCCCUGGUUAACGAAACGCCAAGUUUGGAGGGCAGCAGCAUAUUGAUUGACGGCAGAUUUCCGCAUCAUGCCCAGAUCGCUGAACGCUUAGAGUUUCUCAAGUUCUUGCUCAAGGACGGGCAGCUCUGGCUCUGUGCAGAUCAGGCAAAGCAGAUCUGGCAUUGUCUGGCUGUAAACGCAGUCUUCGCCGCAGAUCGAGAAGAAUGUUUCCGCUGGUUCGGUAAACUAAUGGGCGAGGAGCCGGAUCUAGAUCCUGGAAUUAACAAGGACUUUUUUGAAAACAACAUAUUGCAAUUGGAUCCGCAUUUGUUGACGGAGAGCGGCAUUAAAUGCUUUGAGCGUUUCUUUAAGGCUGUCAACUCCAAGGAGGAUAAACUCAAGGCUAUACAUCGUGGUUACAUACUGGACAAUGAAGAUCUCAUUGGUAAGGACUAUCUGUGGCGUGUGAUUACGACAGGUGGUGAAGAAAUAGCCACAAAAGCUAUCGAUUUGCUGAAGGAGGUUUCCACGGCACUCGGCCCGCGCCUACAGGAAAACAUUGCAGACUUUCAUGAGAUGUUUAUUGGCGAGUGCUGCUCGCGUCUACGCAAUCAUUAUAGCAACAUUCUGAUUUUGGGUAAAACGCUGGUAGAGGAUACCGUUAACCAGGCGGACAACGACUCGAAGGACAACAAGAUGCGUUUCAUAGAAGCAGAGAAGAUGUGUCGCAUCAUGAAAGUGCUGCAGGAGUAUAUUAAAGAGUGCGAUCGGUCCUUUAGUGGGGACCGGGUGUAUUUGCCGCUUAGUCGUGUAACACGCGGUAAAAACACUAGCCUUUACAUUCGUUUUCAAACUCCAGGAAGACCGAUAGACGACAUUGAGAUUAUUACGCAUAGCAACGAGACAAUGGCUGCAUUCAAGCGCAACCUACUAAAACGCAUCAAGGGCUCGUCCGCGACCAACAUUAAGGUGGAUCUGUGUUAUACCAAUGGCGAGCUUAUCGAAGUGUCCGAUGAGAUCAGUCCGCUGUAUCAGUAUACCAUACGCGAUAAGAUGAUACUAACGGCCAAGUUGACUCCAGUGGGGACGGGUUUGGCUAGUAGCCCCGAUUCCUCCAGCGAUUCAAGCACAGGAUCUCCACCCCGGCCUUGUCCGGAUAUGCAGCGAGUCGAGUCGGAGAGCACGCUGCCUGGUGUGAUAAUAUCACAGAACUAUCACUAUACGGAGUUCUUCCUUAAGCUUUAUCAGCUGGGUAGUGAUUUAGAACACGGCCGUUUGCGCGAUAGUGCCAAGGUGCUGCUUCACUUGCUGCCCUGCGAUCGCCAGACCAUGCGGAUGCUGCAGCUAAUGUGCCGUGUGCCAACGGCGGAGCAGAAGGACAUUGUUAAAGAGGAGGAUGCACUUAAUGUAAGCGGAAGUAGCGGGCAAAGCACUUCACCACCAGCCAGCGAAAUGUUAAGUCCUGAGGACUGUACACCAGAGCAGAUGUUCCUGCAUCCUGCGCCUGCUCAGGUGCUUUAUAACCUGAGUGUGCUGCAUGGCCUGUUAAUACCUGCACUGGAUCCGCUUGGAGAGUCCGCGCUACAAAUACAGUCAGCCUGGAUGCACUCCGGCUGCGCACACUUUGUGCUUGAGCUUCUGACAAAGAACAACUUUCUGCCCAGUGCCGAUAUGCAUACAAAACGUGCGUCCUUCCAGGUCGUUUUGCGUCUGGCCAAGCUGUUUCUCUACAUUGUGGGCUGUGUGCUAACGCGGGUCGGUGAUGAGCCGCUUAUUUGCGAUUAUGACAAUGGGGCGCGCUCUCAAGUUGAUAUACUCAAGCAGAAUUUCCCAACUUUACCGAACAACUCGCACGGAACGUUGCGUGCAAUCUCAGCGAAGUUAGCCGAAAUACUGGCCACGGAGAUGCUUUCGGCGAGCCAUGAAGGGGAACGGUGUCGUGCGUUGUUCAACACAACGUUGCAGUGGGCUUGUCCCGACAUCAGCACGAUUAAAGCAGUUGUACAACUGGCCUGGGCCUCGUCCUGUGGUAAUCUGCAGGCUCUGGGGAGUAGCAAUGAGUUUGAGGACGAUGUGAUCGUACCCGAUGGACAAGACUUUUCCAUGUGCAAGGAGGCAUUAGAAGUUCUGACGGUUGCAUUCAUCCUUAAUCCAAAUGCUAACGAAGCUUUAAGCAACGAUGCGAAUUGGCCCAAGUUCAUCACGUCCAUUGUAUUAAAGAAUCCGCUGAGACACGUGCGCCAGGUUGCGUCUGAGCAGCUGUUUUUAGCCUCCACCUACUGCGCUGGAGACAGGCGCCCAUUCAUGUACAUGGUCAAUCUACUGGUGAGCGUGCUGAAAACUUUAGUGCCGCAAUACGAGUCGACGUGUGCAGAGUUUUUCUCUGUGCUCUGCCGCACGCUCUCGUAUGGAUGUAUCUACAAUUGGCCCCUGCAGAUCGGUGAAGGCUUGUUAGCCGACGAGAUAAAAUGGCUGCAAAAAAUUCGUGAAAGUGUGAAGUUGACCGGUGACACGCAAGUGCACGAGGAACUGCUCGAGGGUCACCUGUGUCUGGCCAAGGAGCUGAUGUUCUUCCUUGUGCCCGAUGCAAAGGCGCAGUUGAACGAACUGAUACACGAAUUGAUCGACGAUUUUCUGUUUACGGCGUCGCGAGAGUAUCUGCAUUUACGUAAACAGGGAAGUUUGCGACAGGAUACGGUUCCCCCACCAGUCUGCCGCAGCCCCCACACGAUCGCCGCUGCUUGCGAUCUUCUUAUAGCUUUGUGCCAGCAUUGUGUUCCUAAUAUGAAGCUACUCACCAAUACACUAAUCGAUUUCGUAUGCACGGACACUGAUCCGUUGCGCGAAUGGGAUUAUCUGCCACCGGUGGGUGCCAGGCCAGCCAAAGGUUUCUGUGGACUCAAGAACGCGGGUGCUACAUGUUAUAUGAACUCGGUUCUGCAGCAGCUCUACAUGGUGCCUGCCGUACGUGUUGGCAUUCUUAAAGCGCACGGCGCGGCAGUCAACGAAAACGAAGACUUUAGCGGCGACUCGGACUUAACGGGCGGCGCGCUUACUUCGGCUUUCUUUUCCUCAGCAGCAGCGGGAGCCACAUCCUCGUCUGGAAGCAUUAAUGAGGAAGGCGGCGACUUGCGUAAGAACUACCAUGUGGUCAUACUGAAGCAUGUUCAGGCGAUAUUUGCGCAUCUUGGGCAUAGCGCUUUGCAGUUCUAUGUUCCGCGUGGUCUCUGGACGCAUUUUAAAUUGCAAGGUGAGCCUGUGAAUUUGCGCGAGCAACAGGACGCAGUGGAGUUCUUUAUGUCACUCUUUGAAAGCCUGGACGAAGGUCUUAAGGCGCUCGGUCAUACGCAACUUAUGAACGCAACGCUGGGCGGCUCGUUUAGCGAUCAAAAGAUAUGUCAGGAGUGCCCACAUCGUUACUCCAAAGAGGAACCAUUUAGCGUAUUUAGUGUCGAUAUUAGGAAUCAUAGCUCAUUAACGGAAUCUCUGGAGCAGUAUGUCAAAGGAGAGCUGCUCGAGGGAGCUGAUGCAUACCAUUGUGAUAAAUGUGAUAAAAAAGUAGUUACCAUAAAGCGGCUAUGUGUCAAGAAGCUGCCGCCCGUGUUAGCCAUACAACUGAAACGCUUUGAAUACGACUAUGAGCGCGUCUGUGCGAUUAAGUUUAAUGAUUACUUUGAAUUUCCACGUAUCCUGGAUAUGGAGCCUUACACAGUUUCUGGCCUAGCUAAGCUGGAGGGCGAAGUAGUGGAAAUAGGUGAUAAUUGUCAAACAAAUGUUGAAACAACAAAAUACGAACUAACCGGCAUUGUGGUGCACAGCGGGCAGGCCUCUGGUGGCCAUUAUUUCAGCUACAUACUCUCAAAGAAUCCAGCAAAUGGCAAGUGCCAGUGGUAUAAAUUCGAUGAUGGCGAGGUAACCGAGUGUAAAAUGCACGAGGAUGAGGAGAUGAAGGCUCAGUGCUUUGGAGGCGAUUACAUGGGUGAAAUCUAUGAUAACAACUUAAAACGUAUGCAAUAUCGACGCCAAAAGCGCUGGUGGAAUGCCUACAUGCUCUUUUAUACGCGCUGUGACCAAAACCCUGUACAAUUCGACCCCAGUGUCGAGCAGUUGUCGUUAACGGAGAGCCGUAACAUGGUGUUGCCCCUGCCAAAGCCCAUCGAACGUAGUGUAAGACAUCAAAAUAUACGCUUCCUGCAUUCGCGUAGUAUUUUCUCGGUGGAGUUUUUCAAUUUCAUCAAAAAGCUGGUCAGCUGCAGUAUUCCGUCAACGCGCAGUGAAAAAAUUACACCUGCUGCUGAAGAGCUUUCGUUACUGGGCGUGCAAUUGGCUUCGCAGUUCCUUUUCCACACCGGUUUCCGCACGAAGAAAUCGCUGCGUGGUCCCGUUAUUGAAUGGUACGACACCCUCUCACAUCACAUACGUUCUUCAUCAUUGGUGCGUAAAUGGUUCGCCAACCAUGCGUUGCUCUCGCCACCAACGCGCUUGGGCGAGUACAUAUUGAUGGCACCCUCCCCAGAGGUGCGAACCGUGUUUGUCAAACUGGUAGUCUUCUUCUGCCACUUUGCCAUCAAUGACGAGCCACUAGUUGGUUAUGAAGGCACCAAUCUGUGUGAACAGGUGCUCAUCAACGUGUUGCGUUUGCUGAAAUCUGAGGCUGCCGACUAUGGAAAGCAUUUGCCACACUACUUCAGUCUGUUUAGCAUGUACGUUGGACUGGGCACGCGGGAAAAGCAGCAGCUUCUGAAGCUAAACGUUCCGGUACAAUUUAUGCAAGUUGCUUUGGACGAUGGACCUGGCCCCUCGAUAAAGUACCAAUAUCCUGAGUUUAGCAAGCUGCAUCAGGUAGUCUCGCACCUCGUGCGCUGUAGCGAUGUGAGCGACAAGUGCCAGAGUUCCAAUCAAAAUGCUCGGCCUUUGCCCAAUCCCUUCAAGGAUGCGGCUAUUAGCCAGGAAGACUUAACACCUCUAUCCACGGAGUGCAUGGACAUACUGUUCAAUCGGACCGGUUAUAUAAAAAAAGUCAUUGAGGACACAAAUGUGGGGGACGAGGGUCUGAAGUUGCUGCAGUACUGCAGUUGGGAAAACCCGCAUUUUUCGAGAGCAGUGCUCACGGAACUUUUGUGGCAAUGUGGGUUCGCUUACUGCCACGAUAUGCGGCAUCAUACCGAUCUGCUUCUGAACAUACUGUUGAUUGAGGACUCGUGGCAGCAUCAUCGCAUACACAAUGCCCUCAAUGGAGUCGCUGAAGAGCGUGAGGGACUGCUGGAGACGAUACAGCGCGCCAAGACACAUUAUCAGAAGCGUGCCUAUCAGAUCAUCAAAUGCCUUACACAGCUCUUCCACAAGUCACCGAUUGCACUGCAAAUGCUGAACUCAAAUCCGACCAUAACGCGUCACUGGACCAUUGCCGUGGAAUGGCUACAGGACGAGCUGGAGCGGCAGCGUGGCAUAGGUUGUCAGUACAAUUCAUAUUCGUGGUCACCGCCAGCGCAGAGCAAUGACAACACCAAUGGGUACAUGCUGGAGCGCUCGCAGUCCGCAAAGAAUACGUGGUCUAUGGCUUACGAACUGUGCCCGGAGGAGGUGAGCGAGAAAACGGAUCAGGAGGAAAACAACGAAUCAGACCUAGAGUCGAACGACGACAACAAACAGGAGCAUCAACCACAACAGUCCCAGCAACAACAGCAACAAACACAGGCAGUGAAUGAAAGUACGCUCGAGCAGGGGCAGAACAACAAGUUAGUGACGACUGGCGUCUCCCAAUCUGCUGGUGGCUGGCCAGCCCGAACUGAUAGUAAUGCUAUACCACGCCUAUCGCGACAAUUGUUUGGGGCAUACACCACGCACCAUACGACGGGUACGACGAUUAGCGUAACUCCAAAUCCCACCAAUGUAGGUGGCUCCGCAGCUCCGUCCAGUGGGAGUGGCGCCAAUAGUGAGACGGAGAGUAGUGCUCAGGAUUCGACCGUUGAGUCUAAUAUAAACGGCCUUACGAAUAGUCUGGAUCACCUUGAAAUCUCAAGGAAAACGGAAUAUCGCAGGAUAAAUCGAUUACAUAGGACGCCUAGUAAAGGAGAGAGUACAAUUGCAACUGCAACAGCGACAACAGUAACAACAACAGCAACAACAACGCCCACAGCAGACUCAACAGCGAUCAUUGCAACAGCAGCAACAGUAACAGCGGCAACAACAACUGCCACAUCAACAGAGCCAACCACAACAACAACAACAUCAGCAACAGCAACAACAACGGGAUCGACUGAGCUAUUGGAUGAGUGGAGAAAACUUAAUUUAACAUAAACAUUAACAAUGAAUGAUUUUCUAAAUAAACUGUAAUCGCAACAAUAAGAUGGAACGCAAUAUGAUCAUCCAUAGAGCUAAAUAUGAGCUCCUGCCCAGAAAAAAAAGAAGAAAAAUGAGACUUGAAUGGGUUAAUCAAAAGAAAGAAAUUAUGUAUAAACAACAAAGGAUGUUCGUAAAUUAAAGCAUGUAUUCGAAAACUGUAACUAAGAAGCAGAGUGAUGGUUAUGCACGUACCAACAAAAGUGUUGAACAAUUGUAGCUUCAAAUUUCCUAAUAUGUAUACACAAAUACCGAAACGCCUUAAGUUUCACGUUGAUCGUACCAUAUAAUUUGCUCUAUAUUCUAUAUAUUUAAUGUAAUGGGCAUUGUAAGCAGCAAAGUUACAAGAACAGAAAAGGCAAGACCACAGGAGCUGCUCAAAAAUGUAUUUGCAAAAACCACAGACUACAGGAUUAAGUAACAAUACCGUAAAUGUUGCACAGUUGCUGCUUCAGGUGUUUUCAAAACUAUUUUUAAUCAGGUUGCCCGGAUGCAUGCGAGUCAGAUUUAAUGGAAGGCUUUAGCAGCAGUAGAACAGUAUAGAAAGCGAAAGAUAAUAUAUAAAACGGACUAAUAAAAUCAGAACGAAAACUUGAUAAUUAUGUUUAUACUUUAUAUAUUUUAAUUAAUUAGUGUUUUGUAUUAAGUGAAAUUUGUUAAACAUUUAUUAAAUUAUUAUGUUUUAAGUUGCAAAAUAAAUGCAAAAAGAAAGCAAA